UAACCAUGUGUUAGUUAUAGUCCAUUAACCCAUUACAAAAUACACGAACACCCCUCAACUAAUUUUACUUGUAAUUAAACUUUCGUAUCAAUUUAUAGACACAUAUAUAAAAGGAAAUUAAAUGCCAAAAUUGACUUUCCUUAAUACUGUACAAUUCUCCCCUCUUUCUUCACCUCUCCUCCUCCUUCGUCUCUCCUCCACCAUCAUCAUUCAUUCAUCCAUCCUCUGUGACCCUCUUCACCUCCAUUUCUUCCGGGGGUCCCGAAAAACCAAAAAAAUCGAAAAAAAAAUAAAAAUCCCCAAAUUAAUCAAUAAUCCCAAACAAAAAACCCAGAAAAAAUCCCCAAAAAACCCGAAAAAUUCCCCGAAAAAAUUAACCACAAUUCUCAAUCAUCAUCAUCAAUGGCGACACCCGACAUGAUGGGCGGAGCUCCACCACCGGCGGCCGCAGAUCCGGAAGGAAUCGACGGCGUAAGAAUGUCAUGGAACGCUUGGCCUCGCACAAAAGUCGAAGCAUCGAAGUGUGUGAUCCCAAUCGCCGUAUCAAUCGCUCCGAUCCGCGCACACCCAGAAAUUCCCACUCUACCUUACGCACCUCUCCGUUGUAAGACCUGCGUUGCUGCGCUCAACCCCUUUUGCCGCGUCGAUUUCGCCGCAAAGAUCUGGAUCUGCCCCUUUUGUUUCCAGCGUAACCACUUUCCGCCGCACUAUUCCGGCGUUUCCGAGCACAAUGUUCCUGCUGAGCUUUACCCUCAGUACACCACAAUUGCUUAUUCUCUCUCCUCAAAUCCGGGGGACCCACAUGCGCCUCAAUCGAAUGUUGCGGCUGUUCCUCCUGUUUAUCUCUUUGUUCUUGAUACUUGUAUGAUUGAAGAGGAGAUGGGGUUUGUGAAAUCGGCGUUGAGAAGGGCGAUUGUGUCGUUGCCGGAUAAUGCUCUUGUUGGGUUUAUUUCGUAUGGUACUCAGGUGCAUGUUCAUGAAUUGGGGUUCUCUGAUAUGAAUAAAGUUUACAUCUUUAGGGGUUCCAAGGAGAUUGCUAAGGAUCAGGUGUUGGAUCAGCUUGGAUUGGGUCCGUCGUCGCGGAGAGGUGGUGGACCUGGACCUGCUGGUGCUGCUGGCCCUGGUGGGUACCCCAGAGGACAGCCGGUUGUGCAGAAUGGAUUGCCUGGUCCCGGUGUUAAUCGGUUCCUGUUGCCGGCUUCCGAUUGCGAGUAUACUCUUAAUGCGUUACUGGAUGAACUACAAACAGACCAGUGGCCUGUUCCACCUGGUAGUAGAGCAUUGCGAUGCACCGGUGUGGCAUUGAAUGUGGCUGCAGGGUUGCUUGGAGCCUGUUCACCAGGAACUGGUGCUCGGAUUAUUGCUUUGGUGGGUGGUCCUUGCACAGAAGGGCCAGGAACGAUUGUAUCCAAAGAUUUGUCAGAGCCUGUUCGCUCCCACAAGGAUCUUGAUAAAGAUGCUGCACCCUUUUUCCAAAAAGCUGUAAAAUUUUAUGAUAGUUUAGGAAAACAGCUUGUUAGCCAGGGUCAUGUCUUGGACCUCUUUGCCUCUGCGCUUGAUCAGGUUGGAGUGGCAGAGAUGAAGGUUGCAGUUGAAAAUACUGGUGGUCUUGUUGUGCUAUCAGAGAGUUUUGGUCACUCAGUGUUCAAAGACUCCUUCAAGCGCCUUUUUGAGGAAGGAGAACAUUCUCUUGGUUUAUGCUUUAAUGGCGCGCUUGAGAUAUAUUGUUCCAAGGAUAUCAAAAUUCAAGGCGCUAUUGGACCUUGCACAUCACUAGAAAAGAAAGGAGUUGCCGUAGCCGAUACAGUUAUUGGACAAGGGAAUACAACAGCUUGGAAGUUAUGUAGUCUCGACAAAAAUACUAAUUUGACCAUCUUCUUUGAUAUCUCGUCUAGUGAAAAAGCAAAUCCUUUUGGAACUACGAAUCCCCAAUUGUACUUGCAGUUUCUGACCAGUUAUCAGACUCCGGAUUGUCAAACAAUGCUUCGCAUCACUACAGUCAGUAGAAGAUGGGUAGAGAGUGUUGUUGGUUCUGAGGAACUUGUACAAGGAUUUGAUCAAGAAACUGCUGCUGUAGUAAUGGCUAGAUUAUGUUCACAUAAGAUGGAGAUGGAGGAAGGAUUUGAUGCUACACGGUGGUUGGAUCGGAAUCUAAUACGUCUUUGCUCCAAAUUUGGUGACUACCGGAAAGAUGAUCCAUCAUCAUUUACAUUAAACCCUUGUUUUUCCUUGUUCCCUCAGUUUUUGUUCAAUUUAAGACGAUCACAGUUUGUGCAGGUGUUUAACAAUAGUCCUGAUGAAACUGCCUAUUUCCGCAUGCUGUUGAACCGUGAGAACAUUACUAAUGCAGCUGUGAUGAUUCAGCCAUCACUUAUUUCAUAUUCCAUGCAUUCGCCUCCGUCUCCAGCAUUGUUAGAUGUGGCAUCUAUUGCAGCUGAUCGCAUACUUUUGCUGGAUUCCUAUUUCAGUGUAGUUAUAUUCCAUGGCAUGACAGUCGCUCAAUGGCGUAAUCUGGGAUACCAGAAUCAACCUGAAUACCAGGCCUUCAAAGAACUAUUAGAAGCUCCAAUUCAAGAUUCUCAAAUGAUCAUCCAUGAUCGUUUCCCUGUUCCCAGAUUGGUUGUUUGCGAUCAGCAUGGUUCUCAGGCUAGAUUUCUUUUGGCAAAGCUGAACCCAUCAGCGACAUACAACAAUGUCAACGAGAUGGGCACUGUGUCAGAUGUAAUUUUCACAGAUGAUGUUAGUCUUCAAGUGUUCUUUGAGCAUCUUCAGAGAUUGGCUGUGCAAUCUUGAUGGACAUUUUUUAGGAUUUGUCCUCAUUGUACAAGUUCAACGGGUGUGGAGUAGUGAAUAUCUUGGGUUCUUAAGUUGUUAACCUUAAUAUGCCUGCGAGUGCCCUCAGGUCUAAGUUACCUGAAGAUAAAUGUGGACAUAUAUAAUUCUUUUGGGGGUGUUUUGAGGCAUUUCGAGGUUUGAGACAAUAAAAAGAGCAAGAAGCCCAAUUGACUCUUUUAAGUUAUACACAAGGCACAAUCGAUAUAAAUUGUGAGAAUAUAUCAGUUGUUUCAGGCGGCAGGUUUUAGUCAGGAUAUCUUUCAUUCCUAUUGUAAUCAUCACAGGUUAAAAGUAUGUGCUUUAUUUUUUAUUUUAUUUUUUGUUUUGAAUUUUUGUAUUUCGAAUUAUCCAGGUUUCCUGUAGUGCAUUUGUUCCUAGAAUUAGGAACCUACUCAUGUGUCGUCUCAUUUUCGUUUCUUUUCAGCUCCAAACUGUAGUAUACCCUCUUUGUUUUUCAUGUUUGGACAUAUUUCCAGAAUUUUGAUACAGUGAGACGGUUUUCUUUUCCCAACCACAUUGAGGGUUGGAGACUAAAGAUUUCUUGUCACUUGGUUGUUCUUGUGGUAAUAGUUCAGUUUUCAAUGGCAAAUCAGGUUCUCCACUCGGAGUUGUAUUUUACCAACAGUAGAACGAUCCUUGGUCUAUAUAAUGGAAUUUUGAUACAGUGAGACGGUUUUCUUUUCCCAACCACAUUGAGGGUUGGAGACUAAAGAUUUCUUGUCA